CAACGUAACUCCAGCAGCUAGAACAUACAGCUGUGUACAGCAUUUGAGCUGCUGUGCCGUUUUACUGUCUGGGGACCAAAAAUGAAUGUUAAGUUGAAAAUUCGUACAUAAUCAGUGUUGUUGUUAUACGGAACCGUACAGUAUUAAAAAAUGGCAGCCAUACUUGAAGCCAUCGCCGGGCUAACAUACAAAAUACAGGAACAAUAUUACAAAUUAACCACUAGAAAUACCCAGUAUGAAGAAUUUGAACUACCAAAACAAGGAGCUGAUGGUGCUGAAGGUUUCUCCGGUAAAGGUGGUAUGGACAGUCCCGAUUCAUUACCAUCCCCAGAACGGCCGCCACUUCGACAUAUUGAUAAAUACAUAAAACCUGAAUGUCCAUGUCUUUCAAAACGAUAUACGGUAGCCAUAUUAACAUGUUUAGGAUUUAUUAUAUCAUUUGGAAUGAGGUGUAACAUGGGAAUGGCAAAAUUACAGCUAGAACAUGGAGCUGUACGUUUCAAUUGGACGGUGGGAGUAGAGAGUGCUGUUGAUUCAUCAUUUUUUUGGGGUUAUUUGGUAACACAAGUUCCUGGUGGUUUUCUUGCUUCCGCAUAUCCAGCCAAUCGUAUAUUUGGUACUGCCAUUGCGUGUUCUUCAUUUCUAAAUUUACUUGUACCUGGUGCAAUGGCUCUAAGUCCUACAGCGGUUAUCUGUGUUCGAAUACUACAAGGGCUUGUUGAGGGUGUAACAUAUCCAGCAUGUCAUGGUAUAUGGCGAUUUUGGGCACCACCAUUAGAACGUUCACGUUUGGCAACACUUGCAUUUUGUGGAUCAUAUGCUGGAGUUGUACUUGGUAUGCCUUUAUCUGGUAUACUAUCUGGUUGGAUUAGUUGGCGUGCCGCAUUUUAUUUUUAUGGUGUUUUUGGUAUAAUUUGGUACAUAUUUUGGUUAUGGUUAACAUUCGAAACACCAGCGAAACAUCCGAGUAUAUCUGCUAGAGAGUUAGUUUAUAUUGAACAAUCUAUAGGCUCUUCUGUGAAUGUUGCAAUGCCAACAAUUUCAACAUGUCCUUGGAAAUGUUUUUUCACAUCAAUGCCAGUGUAUGCAAUUAUUGUGGCGAACUUUUGUCGUUCAUGGAAUUUUUAUUUAUUAGUAUUAUUUCAAGCUGCAUAUUUACAACAUAGUUUUAAGUUAGAAAUUGAAGAAACCGGUAUAAUUGGUGCGUUACCUCAUUUACUAAUGACGAUUAUUGUACCUUCUGGUGGUUUAUUAGCCGAUUAUUUACGAAAAAAUGGUAUACUUUCAACAACAAAUGUACGAAAAAUUUUCAACUGCGGUGGUUUUGGUAUGGAAGCUAUAUUUUUCAUUGUCGUUGCGUACUCAAAAACAGCGUUUGCUGCAACAACUGCAUUAACAUUUGGUGUGGCAUUUAGUGGUUUUGCAAUAUCUGGAUUUAAUGUAAAUCAUUUAGAUAUUGCACCGCGUUAUGCCAGUAUCCUGAUGGGUAUGUCCAAUGGGAUUGGAACUGUUGCGGGAUUAAUAUGUCCAAUUGUUAUUGACCAUAUAACCAAAGAAAAUAGAAUCGAAGAUUGGAAAACAGUAUUUCUAAUGGCUGCCUGUGUUCAUUUCUUUGGUGUAACAUUCUAUGCGAUAUUUGCAUCCGGAGAGUUGCAAAGUUGGGCUGAACCAACCGAAGAAGAGAAACGACAAUGGAAUAUGACAACACCUCAAACGGAAAGUCGAAAAUCCAUACCGACGGAAGCAGAACAUCAAUUUAGUACAAAAGCUGUAAAUUAUGGUGCCGUAGAACAACAAACAGGUCAUCCGUUUGCGUAUGCUAAUCACGUAACCGAAGAAAAUAUUCAACCUGAACCGCAUGACCCUUAUUUACAUGGAACUGUCGAUGAUCGAACUUAUUAGUUUUCAUUUCUUUUUAUUUAUAGACAUAUCAAUUCACAAGAUAGUAAAAUGGACAUGGCACAAAUAAAACUCAUAUUAUUGAAAUACACAUUCAAGUUCAACACGUCAUUGUAUAAAUAUAUGAUCCUAUAUUAAAAGUAGUUCACGAUCUUAUAAUACAGUGCGUUCAUUUUAAAAGUAUCCACCCUUAAUUACUCUUGACCAGAUGUGAUUAUUGUUUUGGGUGAAAACAUGUCGAUUUAGAUAUUGAGGGGGAAGUUCAAAAUUGGUACCCACAAAAAUGUAGGUAUCAUCCCUUCAACCCUACCCACCCCUACUUUGAAAUUUAAAAUAUCACUCCCUUGCCUUGUGAUACCUCAUUUGAAAAGGCAUACACUUCUUUCUUCAACCAUGGUAAAAAAAUGAAAUCGAUCGAUUGGUUUUUAAGAUAAACUACACAGAAGAAAGAAGGUAUGCAUUCCAUCUUCUGUGCAGUCUGUUUUAAGAACCAAUCAAUCAAUUUUUUUAUCAUGGUUGAAUAGAGAAUUUUAUGCUCUUUGAAAUGAGGUAUAACAAAUAAGGGGGUGCCAUUUGAAAUUUCAAAUUUGGGGUAGUUAAGGGCGAAGGCAUGAAACCUAAAAUUCUCUAAGUAUUAUUACUUCCGCUUCGAUAUAAAAUCGACGUGUGACUCAAAACAAUCAUCACAUCCGAUCAAGAGUUUUUAAUGGUGGAUACUUUUGAAAUGAACACACUGUAUAAUACAAAUCUUGUUUAAUGAAUUUGUUUAGCUAGUUUAAAUCAAAGGAAAUACCUUCAUUUUUAGAAAUUAUUUUAUUUUUCUUAACAUCAUGGUCCUUUAAUAAAAUUAAUAAAUAAAAAAUUAUUUAGAACAACUCAAAUGGUCUGAAGCUCACACAAUUGUCAAUAAUGAAUUAAUGAUGUUAUUAAAUCACCAGUAAAUUGAUUUUAAAAUAAUUUAGAAAUGGUUUCAGAUCUUUUUACUUUAUCAAUCACUUUUCCCAGAAUACUCAGUGGCAUAGAUGUUGCUUUAAAGGAAGUACUUAAUAAAGAAAGUAACUAUACUUAAAGUAUAUAACUUCCGUACAAAAUCAUAGUUUUCUAAUGAAAUUCUUUAACUUGAAUCCUUAAACUUGGUUUAAACUUUCAUCGGAUCUCGACUUCCAUCGGAUAUUAGGUACUUCCAUCGGGUCUCGAUAUAUUAGUCACCGUCAUUGAAAUCAAGGCGCCAACUCCCAAAUACAAUUCCCUAUUUCCUUCCUUCCUUUCUGGAAUCGUUUGAGAAAAAACUAACUAUUUUUGAAAUAUACCACCACUUCUCCAAAAGUGUUACAGAAAAUAAAUGAAACAAAUAAUUUAAUUAAUUAAACGACCAAGUCUUAAUUUAAAAGCAACUUUAUUUGAGAAUCAUAAACUGAACUAAGAUUACUAGGACUACCUUCGACAGAUUUCGACACGAUACAAAAAUUAAUAAUCUAGUCAUCAUAUAUGAAUUUAUUUCUACUUAAGAAUUCAAAUGCAUUGGAUCAAAUAUUUAAAGCUAAUAAGCGCACAUUUACUCAGUCAAUUUAAAUAAACAAAAACGAAUACACAAAAAAACACAAUGCAAAAUGUAUGUCGGUGCUUCAUUAAUACAUAAUACAAAAAAUUACGGCGUGUUGAACCUGAAUAUUAAACUAAACAAUAAUUAAUUACUAUAUGAG